AUGAAAGAUUUAUCCACAAAAAGAUUCAGACGUUUUAAUUUCACUCUUUACGAACAUGUAGAUGUAUCAUUCGUUAAACUUAUAGAAGAUAAAUUUAACGAUUCGAAUAAUUGUAUUCAAUAUAUUAUCUUUCAAUUAGAGUUCAAUCAUCAUGCUUCAGGUACAGGUGGGCGUGUACAUAUGCAAGGAUUCGCAAUAUUAAAGGAUCAGAUGAGAAUUGGAAGAUAUAAUCCAAAGGGUGAAUUUGGAUCUGGAAUUAAAAAUAUAUUUAAAUCAAAUAGUAUUCAUAUUGAUUUUGCAAAUGGAACACCAGAGCAAUGUAGAGAUUACUGUCGUAAGAAAUAUAAUCGAUGUAAAAAUCAUGAUAGAUGUAAAUGCGAUUAUUUUAAUUUAGAAGAGAUAUGUGAAAAUUGUGAUGAUAAUUGUGUUAGAGAUUUAGCUCGCGUCUGUGAUGUGAAUGAAGAUGAUACACCAUCCGGACCAUGGGAGUUUGGUGUUAUAAGAUGUGAUGAUCCAAUUAAAAGUGAUAGGCGUUCGAAGAGGAAUGAUGAAAUUGAAUGCAUGGCAAAAGCAAUAGAUAAGAUUGUGGGAGGUGAGGAUAUCGAUGAUGUACUUGUGGAAUAUGCACCUAUGAUUUCAUCUCGUGUUACGGUUAAUAUUGAUAGAAUUGCAAAGGCGGUGAGUAAUGUGAACAACAGAUUUGAAAAACGAUGUUGGGAUCCAUGUAAUAUUUACAUAUUUGGAACGCCUGGAACGGGGAAGACCUUCUGGACUAGUAUUGUAUUUCCAGAUGCGUAUAAAAAAUCGAUGGAUGAUGAUUGGAAGUGGUGGGAAAACUAUAAUAAUGAUCAUAUUAUCGUUAUUAAUGAGAUGGAACGAGGGUCAGCAUCCUGGAAGAAUUUGCUUAAUAUUCUUGAUCGAGUUGAAAUGAGAGUUCAGGUUAAGGGAUCAUCGCGAGAGUAUAUUGGGAUGUAUCAAGUAUUUACAUCGAAUACAGGAUUACGGGAAUUGUAUGAUUAUGCUGACGAUCAUCCAUAUUAUGAAAGAUUAAAUGGAUUUAGAUCAGUAAAUAGAAAAUUUUACCAAGCAAUCGAAAGAAGAUUUAAUUUUAUUAUAGAGGAAAAAUUUCAAAAGUUAGAGUUUGAUAUUGAAUUUGAUGGAAAUAUAACUCGGGAUUAUGCAUUGGAAAUUGUACGAAAGUUAAAUAGAAAAGGAAAGUUGUUACGAUUGGGUGAUAAGAUUAUUUGGAGAGAAGAUUUUAAUAAUAAUGAUAGAUAUAUGGUUGAAGAUGGGGACGAGUUGCAUUUAGAUUUCAUUGUGUAUCCUGAGAUUAUAGAGAAGCUUAAUAGGAAGAAUCAUAAUUACGAGAUUGAAAUUAUUGAGGAAAUAUGUGAACUGAGGGAUGAUAAUGGAGUGCGAAAAAGAAGAUAUGAUUUUGAUGAUGAGAAUUCAAAAAGAUUAAAAACUUCUCAGGGUGAUCAGAAUAUUCUUUGA